UAAACAUUGCCAUGGUUAUGCUUAAAACGUUUCAAUGACCAGCCGUUUGAUUGAGAGAUACUCAUAAACUUCGAAACGACUUAUGACAAGUGUUCAAAUAUCUUGUGCAAUGAGGAAAGGCGAGAAGGCUGGGGCCAAGGAGGAUAGUCCAGAUCUUCAGGGCACCAGUUCUGGCACUGAGGUUGAAAUGAUUGCGGCAAAGCCAACCAAAGUGAACAGUAAAACAACUUGGUUUCAAAAAAGUUUCGGUUUGAUUGGGGCCUAUUCCAGCAUCAAGAGAGAAUUUUUUAUCAAUGCCGUAAAGCAAAUCGAGGGUUUUGCAGACAACCUUUUCAACAUAUUUGAUUCAAAUGACAAGGGUGUUUUGAGCGUUCAGGAACUUGUUGGUGGUUUUGGACUUCUCAUUCAGGAUAAAAACCAAAGAAAUGGCAGGCAGCUUCUCGAAUGGUUUAACAAUUAUUUCAAAGAGGUCAGUGACGAGGCAUCUCAUAUCAGUCGGGAAACGUUUGCACAAUAUUUGAAAGAUGAAGAGUUUGUUGGUCAUCUUUUCACGGUCUUUGAUUUGGAUGGAAAUGGAGAAAUUCAGAUGAAAGAGUUUAUUAGUAGUUUGGACCGUCUAGAAUGUGCAUCUGUGGAUAGUAAGUGGUAUAGAUGGAUAGAAGAUCACUUCAACAUAGACGAGUCUUCUGACAGGAAAAUAACUUUCGACCAAUUCAAAAAUGCCCUUCGUCUAAAAAAGUCGUUCUUUUCCGAAAGAUUUUUUUCCAUGUUUGACACGGAUGGUGAUGGUUCAAUUGAUAUGAAAGAAUUGGUCAAUGGUUUGCAAAUAUUAACGAAAGGUACUCAAUCCGAAAAACUCAAGUUCCUCUUUAACGUUUACGACAUAGACGGGAGUGGUAGUCUUAACAAAGAAGAAAUGCGAAUUGUCCUAGAAUCGUGCGUCCAAGAGAGCCAUAUCAAGUUCACUAAAGAUCAAAUGGAAGAGCUCGUCAGUGCUCUGUUUGAAGAAACCGACGCAGAUAAAAACGGUCAGAUCACAUUCGAGGAAUUUUCAUCUUGUUUAUCCAAGUUUCCCGGUGUGGCUGAAAAUCUCACAAUAGCAGCUGGAAACUGGCUAAAUCCUCCUGAAGAGAAAGCAAGGAGACGGUUGAGGGAUCGCACUCGUUCGAAGAUGCGAUGGGCCACUGUUAAGAAAAAUGGACUCACCGUACUCUUCGUAAUCCUGUACUUCCUCGUGAACGCUGCGUUGUUUAUCUGGGUGGCCAUUCAGAGGAAAGACGAAGGUGGUUGGGUGAUAGUCGCUAGGGUCCACGGAAUGUGCUUAAAUUUCAACGGCAUGUUCGUAUUGGUUCUAAUGCUGAAACACUCGCUAACGUGGUUGAGGUCAACUAGAGUUGGAAAAUAUUUUCCGAUUGAUCAUCACAUUGAGUUUCAUAAGGCUGUGGCGGUGGUGAUAUUUGUACAAGGCGUUUUGCAUUUCAUUGGACAUCUUGGUAGAUACAUUACCACUGAUUCAAAUAUCGAAGUCUGGGAGUAUUUAUUUACAACAAAGUCUGGUGAAGGAUGGGUGAAUGGAACAGCUGGGAUCACCGGUGUUUUAUUGUUCGUCGUUUUUGGUGUAAUGGCAGUCAUGUCGUUGCCUGUAGUCCGUCGCAAAGGGCACUUUGAGCUGUUCUUCUAUACCCAUCAUUUAUUCGUGGUUUGGUGGAUACUGCUCAUUCUUCACGCACCUAACUUCUGGAAAUGGUUCAUUGCUCCUGCAGUGAUUUACUUAAUCGAGAGAAUCUUCAGUCUGCGUAUUGUCAACAAAGCUCGCUUUGGAAAAACGUUCAUAAAGGAGGGAGUAAUUUUCCCGUCAAAGGUCACUCAUUUAAUCAUUCCACGAUCGCAAAAUUUCAAGUACAAAUCAGGGGACUACGUUCUAGUAAACAUUCCACACAUAGCAAAAUACGAAUGGCAUCCUUUUACGAUCAGCAGCUCUCCGGACCAGACUGAAACAAUAUGGCUGCAUAUCCGGGGGGUGGGCACUUGGACCAACAAGUUAUAUGACUAUUAUAACGAGGAGUCGAAGAAUAAAGCUUCUGUUACCAAAAUUUCAAGAAGGAAGACCAUAUCUUACAUCAUAAAAGAAGAAAGGAACAGUGAAAAGUAUUUACGUCGGCGUAGACUUUAUAGUUCUUUCAAAGAAGGGGAAGAAAAGAAGAAAGAUGAAGCGAGUACUUCAGGCAACAACAACAUGAACCGAACGCAGCAGACGUUUUAUGCUAUCCCCGAGGAAACAGAUGAAAAUUCCAAAUCAAUUGCUUUGAAGAGUGUAGGGAAGAUCCCCAGUUCCCAUUCGCUUUCGGAGUCAACUGACAGUGGAAUUGGGAAAUUAGAAAUAUAUCUGGAUGGUCCGUAUGGAGCACCCGCUGAGCACUUCUUCGAGGCUGAACACGCAGUGUUGGUUUCCAGCGGAAUUGGCGUUACACCGUUUGCUUCUAUCUUGCAAACAAUAAUGUUGAGAUACAAAAGCGCCUCACACAUGUGCCCGAAUUGCGAAUAUUCGUGGGUGGGAAAUGUACCAUUUUCUUUGCGAAAAUUACAAAAGGUCGACUUCUUCUGGAUCAAUCGCGACCAAGCGUCGUUCGAGUGGUUCAUCAGCCUUCUCGCUCAGCUGGAAAUGGAACAGUCGGAGCAACGUGGGGUGUUCAGCGAACAUUUUUUGGAUAUGCAUAUUUACAUGACUGCUGCUCUGAAGAAGGAAGACAUAAAGGCAGUCGGUCUGCAGCUGGCUUUGGAACUGAUACAUGAAAAGAAAGAAAAGGAUCUGAUAACUGGCUUGAAAACCAGAACAAACCCUGGACGACCUGACUGGGACCAGGUAUUCAAAGGGCUAAGUGAACAAAAUCAUGGUCAAGUGUCAGUAUUCUACUGCGGAAAUCCAGCCCUUGGCACGAUUCUGAGACGACAGUGCGAGAAAUACAAGUUUGAAUUUCGUUCAGAGAAAUUCUAGGUGAUCAGAAGGCCACGCGUAAUAUAAUAUGAUAUAAUCUUCAGUAUUUUUGCCCAAUGAUUAUACUUUUCACUGGAACUCUGUUUUUGACUGGAAACUGUGGAAUAAUCCCCCUGAAUAUUUAGGGAAGAUAAGGUCUUAAUUCCCUGUUUACUAGCUUUUCUUUUCUAACCUAAGCAAUUGAAUACAAUCUUGUCGGGAAUGAUGUACAUUUGAUACAAAUUUGAUAUUUUUUGUAAAUCCUUCUAUUCCCGUAGAGAUAGAAUGCUGUAAGGAAUAGCGUUUUUUAAUAAAGUUU